GUCAGUAUGAAGAUCCUCCUCCACAAACACAUGUGCACUAUAGUUCAGCGCUGCAUUUCAGCUGAUGCCAAAACACCAUCCACUCUGCCACCAGUAAGAUACUUUCUUCAAAAUGACCCAGUUCAGUCGCCCCGUCCUCCUGCUGAUGCUGACCGCCCUGCACUGCCUAGGAAGUUCUCUUGUGUUAAACCCUAAAGACCCUUCAGUUUUGGCAGAAGCCCCUGGGCCGAUCAGAGGAGAUUCUAACAUUUCUCUUGUGCCCCAAAUGCCCGUCCUUCAACCCAAAGAAACAGCACCGCCUCUGGUCACCUACACCAUCAGAAACCCUCAAGGCAAAGUGUGUGUGAGGGCCAGUAUUGGAGUGGAGUUUGUGGUGAGAGAGAACAAAAAGAAGUAUUAUUUCAACUUGACUCCUAACUCAGUACGGGCCACGGGAUACUGUGCGAACCAAAGGACCAUCCUCUCACUAGAAUUUUCUGGUGGACAUCUGGAGUUUACUUUCAUCAAGGAUGGGGAUCAGUCCUAUGUGAAGACGAUCAAAGGUCUUCUGAGACCUGCUCCUCUUUGUAAAAACUGCCCAAGUAAAGUCUACAUAGGACUCGUGGAUAAUGAAAAGUUGUUCCAAGCAAAAAAUGGCCUAAGCUUCAACUGCAAGUCUGAGACAAUGCUGAUACUGGCAGACUUCUUCAGGCUUAAACUGGUGCCACUGCAGAUUCAAGCCUUUGAUCUGGUCAAUGGAGCAUUUGGAAAAGAGGUUGAAUGCUGGGCAGAUUACAACAAGCGGAUGAUCCCGAUAAUUCUGGGGGCUGUAGCUGCGGCUAUUUGCCUUAUAGCCAUUCUGACCUAUGUGCUCGUCAGAGAACAUCGAAACCAAGGGUAUGAACAACUCUAAGACUCUAGGUGCGGACCUUGAAGAUGAAUCUCUAGAUCUUGAGUUUUGGAUUUUGUGGAUAUUGCUUUACAGUUGCUCUCAGUAAACAAUUAAAAUACAUGUUACAAUGUACAAUUAAAAUACAAUUGAUGAUUGAAAUAAUGUUGUUAAUGCAUUCGCUGUGAUACAAAUGUCAUUUUUGAUGGACCAUUGCUACUUUAAUGUCUGAUACUUAUCAUAAAGGUGUGAAUGCAUUUCAUUGACAUUUAAUCAGUUGGCUAUUGAUGACGUUGUUGUAAAAAAAAUAAAUAUGAUGAAUGAAGAGAACCUUGUCCAGGAGACUUGAACAAGCAGAAACUUCUUUAUUGUUACGUGUUGGUUAGUCUGCUGUCAAUGCAGCAUCUUCAAGAAGUCCACGAGUCUGCAAGAGCAUAUAUAGGAGUCUCUUACAAGGUCUACAGUCUGUAAUUUUUAUCACAAGUCUGAUUUGAGACAAAUAUGUCCUGUCUAUAAUGUGUUCUUAAGAGGAGGGGAGUGGAUAGGUGGAGAUGGCUAAACAAAGUAUGCAAAGGAAGUGGGUAGGUAGGUGAAUAAACUUGCCAAACCACUGACCACACAUGUUUUUCGACAAAGGGGUUUCUUUGGCCUGAAAGUAUCACUCGAAGACAAAGGAAGAGUCGUUAAAACCCUGCCCAAACCCUUAAAACCCUGAACUUUCUGAAGUGUUUUUAGCAAAGAAUGGAAGAAUAGCCUAUGGUCUGUAUUUUUCUAGAUUAAGUACACUAAAGAUGUACACUUUUCCCCAAACACAUACAAUUUUUUAAAUUUGUGAUUUAA